AGGUAAGAGAGCCAGCCUGCAUUUGAAUAGUUGCAGAAGAUGAAGACAAAUUUUCACACGUGGGUACGAGAGCAAUUCAUGGAUCCACACUACUAUAAGAAGCUAGCCCAUAUCAUCUUCUUUUAGGACAAUUGAAGUUGUAAUAACAGUUCUUGAACCCUUGAAAAUACAAGCUGCCGUAAUGGAUAUAGCUCCGGCGAGAUGGUUUACCGAGCAGGAUUUGGAGGAUUACAACUUGAUCCAUGAAUAUCACAUGAACUAUCUUGAUGAGUUGACCAAUCAAAACAUGGCGGCUGCACUCGGAGAAAACCUCCGGCAAUCUUUCUCUUCUGAAAGCUACUCCUCCUACCCUCCUUUUAAAGCUAAGGACACCGCCACAGCCACAGCUAAUACUACAACUUUAAGCAGUUCCUCCAUUGAAAACUCUCAAACCAGCUCUGAGAGACCCAGUAAACUUCAUGAGACCAAUAGCUGGAACUCGAGCAUGAUCACCACCGACCACCAAUCUCCAAGGCCUUCUACUACCCCUCAGAUUCUUUCUUUUGAGUCUUCAUCAGUUUCAGCACCUGCGAAUUCACAGCAGUUUUUCAUGACUCUGGAUUCUACUACUGUGAAGCCCAAGGAUGAGGCUGCAUCUCCAAGAAAUAUGCACUUCCAGCCUUUGAUUUCAAAGGUCGCCCCUUUCGGGAACCAGAAUCAUGAAAUUAAGACCCGCCAAGGAACUACGAAUAAGAGGCCUUACUCGAUGACCAGAACUCCUGCACAUGCUCAAGAUCACAUCCUUGCAGAGAGAAAGCGGAGAGAAAAGCUUAGCCAGAGGUUCAUAGCUCUUUCAGCCAUUGUUCCAGGCCUGAAGAAGAUGGACAAAGCUUCUGUUCUUGGAGAUGCUAUCAAGCAUGUGAAACAACUUCAAGAACGAGUGAAAGUACUCGAGGAACAAACCAAGAAGAGAACUGUGGAAUCAGUCGUUCUGGUGAAGAAGUCUCAGGUCUCUGCUGAUGAUGACUCUUCUUCAUGUGAUGAAAAUUCCGAUGGAGGCUCCGACUCAGCACUUCCAGAGAUUGAAGCGAGAGUUUCGGAUAAGGAUGUAUUGAUUCGAAUCCAUUGCGGUAAACAGCAGGGAGUUGUUCCAAAAAUAUUAAAUGAAGUAGAGAAUCUCAACUUAUCUAUCAUCAACAGCAGUAUCUUGCCUUUUGGAAAUUCCACCCUUGAUAUUACCAUUAUCGCUCAGAUGGAAGCUGAAACCUCCAUGGCAGUGAAGGAUCUCGUGAAAAACCUAAGAGUGGCUUUUUUGAAGUUCAUGUAGACCAAGUUAUUGCUCGUCUGUACAUCAAUAAUCAAGACUAUUUUGCUAAAGCGAGAGCUUUAGUUAUCGUUUUCUCUUCUUUUGACCCUUCUAAGAGAGACAUCAGCCUGGAAAUCUCCCCUCCUCGUCCUCCUCCUCCUCCUCUUGCCGUGAGGGUUCAUGUCCUGCACAUUUUUUUCUCUCUCUCUAUUUUUGCGUGGUUGACUUAUUGGCCAUGUUCAUCACCCAGAAUCUGUAGAAAGAAUCACCAGACAUCCAAAAAAAAAAUCAGGGUUUUCGAAGGGCUGAUGUCUGUAUUCCCUCUCUUUUGCACCUCAUGCUUAAUUACUGAUCUUGAAAAUUGAAGGGCACUUUCUUUGAGAAACUUGAAGAUCAUUUUCUUGUUUUUUUUUUUUAAGUGUCUCUGUGUUUCGUGAUCUGCAAUGUGACCUUUUUUUUAGCUGGAUUUUUAUUUUCUUUUUUCCAACUUUUCCAUUGUAAUUAACCAGUGAGAUUGAAUUCCAUUAUGUAAUAAAAUAAAUUUCUGAGAUUAUCCUUUGCCAUUAAUGAAUUCUUUAUUAUUCUGCGCAGUAUGCUUA